UCAAAAUAAAAACUGAAAGCAGCACAGUUCAGAAAAAAACAGAAGCAGAAAAUGCCCGCCGUAGGAAUACCCACCGGCGGAAGCAACAAGGAGUAUCCCGGAAAUCUCACUCCUUUCGUUACUGUAACAUGCAUUGUCGCGGCUAUGGGUGGUUUAAUCUUCGGCUACGAUAUUGGAAUUUCAGGUGGGGUUACAUCAAUGGAUCCGUUUCUAAUGAAGUUUUUUCCUUCGGUGUAUCGGAAAAAAAACUUGGACAAGUCGUCAAACAAGUAUUGUCAGUAUGACAGUCCGACAUUGACUAUGUUUACAUCGUCGCUAUAUCUGGCAGCGCUACUAUCAUCGCUGGUGGCGUCCAGUGUCACCCGUAGAUUUGGUCGGAAACUUUCCAUGUUUUUUGGAGGUUUGUUGUUCCUCAUUGGUGCUCUUGUUAAUGGUUUUGCUGAAUAUGUUUGGAUGUUGAUCGUUGGUCGGAUAUUACUAGGCUUUGGUAUUGGAUUUGCCAAUCAGUCUGUACCAAUUUACCUCUCUGAGAUGGCUCCCUACAAAUACAGAGGAGCUCUAAGUGUUGGCUUCCAAUUAUCAAUCACAAUUGGUAUUCUUGUGGCCAAUGUAUUGAACUACUUCUUUUCCAAACUCAAAGGUGGGUUAGGAUGGAGGUUGAGUUUGGGUGGUGCUAUGGUCCCUGCACUUAUAAUAACUAUUGGAUCAAUAGUCCUUCCGGACACUCCCAAUUCCAUGAUCGAACGAGGUGAUCGCGAUGGAGCCAAGGCUCACCUUAAGCGAAUCCGCGGAGUGGAAGAUGUUGAUGAAGAGUUUAAUGACCUUGUGGCAGCUAGUGAAGCAUCCAUGCAAGUGGAAAACCCUUGGAUGAACUUGUUGCAAAGGAAAUAUAGACCUCAACUUUCUAUGGCCAUAUUGAUUCCUUUCUUCCAGCAAUUUACCGGAAUCAAUGUUAUCAUGUUUUAUGCUCCUGUGCUAUUUAGUUCUGUUGGUUUUAAGGAUGAUGCUGCUCUUAUGUCUUCUGUGAUAACUGGAAUUGUUAAUGCUUUUGGUACUAUUGUAUCAAUUUUUGGAGUUGAUAGAUUGGGUAGGAGAGCCCUUUUUCUUGAAGGUGGUCUUCAAAUGCUCAUAUGUCAGAUUGGAGUUGCAGCCGCAAUUGGAGCCAAGUUUGGGAUUGAUGGAAACCCUGGUGAAUUACCAAAGUGGUAUGCUAUAGUUGUGGUGCUAUUCAUUUGUACUUAUGUAGCUGCAUUUUCUUGGUCAUGGGGUCCUCUUGGUUGGUUGGUGACUAGUGAGAUCUUUCCAUUGGAGAUUCGUUCAGCUGCUCAAAGUGUCAAUGUAUCAGUCAACAUGUUUUGCACAUUUUUUGUUGCACAAGUUUUCUUGACCCUGCUUUGCCACAUGAAGUUUGGCUUGUUUAUCUUCUUUGCCUUCUUUGUAGUGGUGAUGACAAUCUUUGUGUAUUUCAUGUUGCCUGAAACUAAGGGUAUUCCAAUUGAAGAAAUGGGCAAGGUUUGGAAGGGACACUCAUAUUGGUCAAGAUUUGUUGAUAAUGAUGAUAAAGGUGAUGAAAUUGAGAUGGGAAAGAGCAAUUAGAAAAAAAGUGUAUUUAAUUACUCAUAUGUUUUCAUUCUCUUUUCAUUAAAGAUUUUUCAUUGUUUGGCUAAGUAUAUUACUUUUUUUAA